AUGAGUGACUUCAUUGGUCGGGGACGGCCGGUCAAGCGCAAGCGCGAGGACUGGGCAGGACCAGGCCCGGGACACCGUGACAACGACAAGAUGUCCAAGGCUGUUGGACCAUCCCAGCAGCCGUCGAAGGCCAUGGCGCCGCCACUUCCCAAGGAAGCGCUGUCGAAAGAUGAGAAGGUCGCUUCCAUUGGCGCGGCCGUCGAGUCAAUCUGUCCCCCGAUUCGCGAGUUGCAGCAGCGACUAGAUGAUCAUAACCCAGUCCUUGCAGAGCAAGACGCGCGACUGGUGGCUGACUACCGGCGCCUCUGUGAAUCGUACGUCGCGCAGCAUGCCAAGUGCUCGCGCCUUGAGAAGGAAAACGGUCAGUUGCAGGUCGCCCACGCCCGCCUCGUCGACGAAAACACCCAGUUGAACCGUCGCUGCCGGGAUGAGGAAGCCCGCUUGUGCCACUUUCGGGACGCGAUCCAAAAAUUGAGGGACGGUGUGAUUGACGUGGUUGAAACGUGA